GGUGAACCUUGUGUACUGUUCCGAACAAUUAAUUUGUGCCUUGAGAUGCUUAUGUAAUAUUCAGAUUUGAAGUGUACUUGCAACCUGAUGUUUGCUCUGUUUAAGUACUUGUAUAAUAUAGUGCAUGUGUUCUGAGAUCUGACUAGUUGAGGCUUUGUUACUUUGAGAGAUACUUGAUCUAUUAUAUUUUGGUUCUGUCAAUUAGUAUUCUGCUAGUAUAUGUGUGUGUGUGUGUAAUUCAUCAAAAAUAUUGUUGUGUGCUGAUGAUUAGUGUCCGGUUUACUGUUUUUGUGAUAUAUACAUAUAUGUGUGUGUUAAGUUCAUGUCCUUUUUACUUCUCUUGUCAUUGAUGUUAGCUUGUGUUAGUAUCUUAAUUUCUCAAGAAUUACAAAAAUACCAAAAAGAAAGUUAGUAAAAUCUGAAUCUACCUUUGCUUAUCCGCAUUUCCAUUGGCGACAAUCUUGAUAGUUUAGGUUUAUUUUCUGUUCCCUUCAUCUGAAUUGUAUUACCGUGCUUUAGCCGAAUAUAGUUGCCGUCGCCUAGUCCCUGAGGAGAGCACGACACUCGUAGUUUGGGGCGUAAAAACCCCGCUAUAUUACAAUUGAUCAUUUUGGCGCCGUUGCCGGGGACUAGCAUCGAGCGAUUGUGCGAAGCUAUAGACUAGGCUUAGUAUAGUUUUUGUUUAAAUUUUCAGUCAAAUUUAUUUCUGUGUUUCUUUUAACUUUUUACUUUUUGUUGCUUCGGCUUAUUAGGAUACUAACCCUCUCACCUGUGUUUGAUGUUUGUGAGCGUGUGUAGGAUAUCUUACUAUUUGUAGGCUGAUUGAUAGUUGCACUUGAACACAUGGCUUUAGUACGUGAUCUUUGGUUGCCAAGUAGUUUGGACACGAUGACAGGGCCAAUUUGGCCAUCUAUUGUGGCCGAAAAUUUUGAGUUGAGGCCUGGACUUAUUGCUCGUCUUGCAGAAUCACUUUAGAGGAUUACCCAAUGAAGACCCUCAUGAGCACAUUAGUAAUGUUCUGGAGUAUGCCAAUACAGUCCAGUACCAUGGCGUUUCCCAAGAUGCUAUGAAGUGUAUGUUGUUCACAUUCUCUCUCAGAGAUGCUGCUAAGGACUGGUAUUAUUCUUUGCCAUCAAGAUCAUGCACUUGGGGUGAUAUUUCGCAAGCUUUCCUGCAUAGAUAUUUUCCACUUUACAAGCAAGCCGCAAUUCGUGACCAGAUCCUCAGUUUUGCGCAAGAUGGAAGUGAAAGCUUGUAUGCUGCUUGGGAGAGAUAUAAGUAUUUUGCUUAGAAAAUGUCCUAAUCAUGGGUAAAAGGAUUGGUUAGUGCUUCUGAUAUUCUAUAGAGGGCUGACACAUGCUUCAAGAGAUCUUAUUGAUAUGUCAGCUGGUGGAACAAUCAUGAACAAGACUGUCGAGGGUGCAAUUAUUCUCAUUGAGAGCAUUGCCUUCCACCAAAUGCAAUGGGGUUAUGAAAGGCCUAGUUCAAAUCCGAAGGUUGCAAGCUGUGUGCAAUCAGAAGCUGUGUGUUCCAUAAGUGAACAGAAAUCAUCCAUGGUGCCUAAUAUUCAAAACCAGCAUGUUUUAUUCCAGGGACAACAACAUUUCAGAAUUGAAUUAGAGCCUCCAUAUGGAAACAUUGAUCCUACUUCAAUUAUCCUUGAUGAUUAUUAUGAUAUUUUCCAAGAUGAUGCAACCACUUUAGAUCAGAUGGAUACCACAGUAGCAGAUCCAAUACCUCAUGGCAGUGAAACUGUUCAGAAUGAGUCAAAGUUGCAAGAAGAGGUUUAUGAGGAACCUACUCUGAUUGACGCUAAGUUGAGACAGCAAGAUAUGGAGAAAUUCACUUGUGUUAGUCAACUAUGUGACUGGUGGAAUUUAGUCGUGUCACCAAUUGCCCACACUUGUGUUACAACUGUAUCUGGACUAUUUGUCAAGAAGAAAUCAUUAGCUCCACCAGUGUUUACCUCUAUCACAGUUAAAGAGAGUAUCUCAGAGAAGAAUAGUGAAGAUGGGAUUCCAACUCCUGCACAUAUAAUUAAGCAAGUCGGAGACAUUCCAAGGAGAGAGAUACAAGAGGUUGAGUCAAAUUUAGAAGAGCUGAUACUUCAAUAUCCUGAGAAUAUCCCAUGUGUUGCUGAGCUGCAUGAAUGGUGGAAGUCAUCGGUGCCUCUGUUGAAACUUAGCAGUGAUGGUGAUGAGGAGAACAUUGCUCAGAAAGACAGCGAGGUAGUGAUCUCAGCACCCCUACCAGAUCAUGUUAGUGAAUAUUCACAGAUGGGGACAUUUCGGACUCAAUUAGGUGUUGCUGGUAGUAGCACCAUAGAAGAUCCAGAGGAAGAGAGACCUCAACUUGAAGAAGAAAUACUCGAAGCCAAGGCACAAGAUGAUCCAGAGCUCAACUACCCAAGUGAUCAAGUCGAAGACCUUGAAGAGCCAAUGUAUAUCCUUCCUGAAGAAGUAAAAGAAAUUGUUGUAGUUGAACUUGAAGAACCAGAAAUUCAUUUGCCCAUCGUCAUACAAGAGCAUGAUGUAGCAGAAAAGUGCGAUGAGGCACUAUAAUCGUCAAGAGUCCAUCCAUGUGGCUAUUGAGAAGAGAGAAGGGCAGGAAAGAAGUGAAGAAAGGGACAUGAGCAUCAAGGAAAGAAGAAACCGGGGGCCAAAACUUAAGAUGGAGGGGAUCUACUUGGGAAGAAAGAAGGAAAGGAGAAGGGCCAAAUCAGAAAAGUGGCAGACUAGAGGAGGGGUCAAAAUCCCUAGCAGCAGCCCCGAUCCCCUUUGGGCCUGGCAUAUCCGAUCUCUCUCCCUCUCCCCUUCUUCUCCACCACCGGCCGCCGCCACGGCCAGGCCGGCGUGGUGGUGCGCCACCCAGCACCUCCACCCGCUCCACUUCACCACCGAGCCACCGCUGCCAUCCAUCACCACCAGCACCACUCUCCACCUCGCUGCUUCCCCCAAUCUACUGCUGCUCUUUCCAACACCCGUUGCUCUCUGUGUGUGUGCAUGUGCGUGUGUUGGUGUGUGUGAGUGUUCGUGCGUGUGUGUGUGUAAUUCAUAAAAAACAUAUUGUUGUGUCCAGUGAACAAUUAGUGUUGAGACUUGUUCAAUUGCAAAUUGUUUUGUGCUAGAUUUAUAUGUGACUGUCAGUUCGUGGGUUGUA